CAUGGUUUACUUGAUUUAACUGAUUUUAUUAAUUUAGAAGAAUUAUAUUGUUAUGACAAUCAAUUAAUAGGAAUUGAGUUUGCAGAUAGUAUAUUCGAUAAAUUACGAGUUUUACACGUUGGAAAUAACCAUUUUUUUCCACAAGAUUUAUCCUUAUUUAGCCAUUUCAUCAGAUUAGAAGUCCUAAACUUAGAAAAUAAUAAGUUUGUGGGCAGUUUGAAAGUUCUAAAAAAUUUGGUUAAUCUCCGCUCGUUGGAUAUUAGCAAUACCAACGUUGAGAGCGGUUUAAUUUAUUUGUCAGACCAGUUAGAAAGCCUAUUUUGUCGAGUAGAAAAAGGAGUUAGAUGUCAAAAAAUUACUGAGAAGUUGAAAGAAUACGAUUUAGGACAUGACUGUUACGAUUUCCAAGCCUGA